GGUCCGUAGACUCGGGUCUGGCUUUGACCACAGCGAACAAAAUCAAGCAAACUACAACUCAGUGAUUCAGCCAGGACAGAGUCAAUAUAUCUUGUGGAGAAAUCCGCUGCAAGACCUUGUUCGCUGAGUCAACGUAAAUUUUCGUCUGACUCGUAGCGCGGAUUCACAGCUUACUCUCUUCAUCGAUCCACCACCACACGACGAUGAGCAAACUCAACGCAGGCGCCUUUGCUUUUGUCCCAGGAAAGUCAUUUGCUCUGCCUCAACAGAAUCAAAAUCCACAUCCGCCUAUUGAACAACCAGAGCCGACGGAAGCACCUCGUCCUCCUACCACGAUUUCCCUCAAUAUCGGUGGCUCGAAACCUCCUCAGAAAACUGCUCAACGACAGGAAUUACAAGAAGCACCAGCCCCUCCUCCAACGAUUUCUCUCAACAUUGGCGGUUCCAAACUGGCCACCACACAGCCUGCACCUGCAGCAGCACCUCCAUCGCACUCUCAGUCUCAAGGUAAACCUGCCGCACCUUCACUUCCACCUCCAAAGCCAAAAGCAGAGUCUUCUGCACCUUCCAAAACAUUCACUCUUGAGAAGAGUAAAACAGACACUGUCACUGUUGCGAAAGAAGUACAGGCUGUAGCAGACAAGGCCAUCCUCGAGGAUCUCUUUGGAGCAGGUACACCCCACGAUCCAUCUUCUCAUGUGAUCGGUUCUGAUCUCAUUCACCCCCAAGUCAAGGAACAUCUGAACAUAGUCUUCGUCGGCCAUGUCGAUGCGGGUAAGAGCACCAUGGGUGGAAAUCUUUUAUUUAUCACCGGAACGGUCGACAAGCGAACCAUGGAGAAACUUGAACGCGAGGCAAAAGAGGCCGGCCGAGAGUCAUGGUAUCUCAGCUGGGCUCUUGAUUCUACCCCUCAAGAGCGCUCGAAGGGAAAGACUGUCGAAGUUGGUCGUGCCUACUUCGAAUCCGUUGCCCGUCGCUAUACUAUUCUUGAUGCUCCUGGGCACAAAACAUUUGUACCUUCCAUGAUAUCUGGUGCUGCUCAGGCCGAUAUCGCUAUUCUAGUUAUCUCCGCUCGUAAGGGAGAAUUCGAGACGGGUUUCGAGCGAGGAGGGCAAACCCGUGAACACGUCAUGUUAGUCAAGACCGCUGGUGUAUCGAAGCUUGUUAUCGCCAUCAACAAGAUGGACGACGCGACAGUGAACUGGGACAAGGCCCGUUUCGACGAAAUCAAAGAGAAGCUCACACCGUUCGUGAAAGCCGCUGGUUUCAACCCAAAAGCAGAUGUCACCUUUGUACCCGUUUCUGCUUACACCGGAAAGAAUUUGAAAGAUCGCGUGGGUAAAGAUGCCCCAUGGUGGGACGGACCCUCUUUCCUUGAAUUGCUCGACAACAUGCCCAUGGUGGAUAGAAAGGUCAACGCACCUUUGAUGUUGCCCGUUUCAGAAAAAUACAAAGAUAUGGGCAGCAUUAUUGUCGGAAAGAUCGAGUCUGGUCAUAUGCGGAAGGGCGAAGAACUCCUCCUCAUGCCUAACAAAGUUAUCGUUGAGGUUGCCGCUAUCUACAAUGAAUUAGAGGAGGAGCUCAACUCUGCUAUUUGUGGGGACAACGUCCGCCUCCGUUUACGUGGUGUGGAGGACGACGAUAUAAGCCCAGGAUUUGUCCUUACAAGUCCGUCGAGACCUAUUCAUGCUGUCCGGCAAUUUGAGGCGCAACUGGCUAUCCUCGAACACAAGAGUAUCAUUUGUGCAGGUUAUUCUGCAGUCAUGCACGUUCAUACAUUAGCAGAGGAGGUCACACUGCCGGCAUUACUUCAUUAUUUCGACAAAGCGACUGGACGCAAGUCCAAAAAACCACCGCAAUUUGCCAAAAAAGGGCAAAAGAUUGUAGCCUUGAUUGAGGCAACUGCGCCUGUCUGCGUAGAAAGAUUUGCUGACUAUCCUCAGCUAGGGCGAUUCACCCUUCGAGAUGAAGGUCGAACAAUAGCUAUUGGGAAGAUAACCAAGCUUAUCGAUUCGCAUGCGGUCAUAGACGAGGUUGCAGAGGGGGUCAGUAAUGUUACGGUGACAAAUUGAAUCCCAAUGCUGAUAUCAAUAUGUACUCAUACGAAGCGAAUGUAAAUAAUAUACCUACACCUUCUGAAGUCAAGCGUGACGCCAAUCUACGUCACGG